AGCAUGACAGUCAGCCUGUCCUUGGCUAAGCCCUCACACUCCCCACCCCUUGCAAUAGGUGGCACCGAACUCUCUCGUGUCACUCACACAAAACUGCUCGGAGUCGCGUUCGAUGAGCGCCUCGAUUUUAGUCGCCACAUCCAGGGAACUGCUUCACGUGCGAGGCGGACACUGGGUUUCGUCACCCAAGUUACGCGCGGCAUGCCAGCCGCACCACUCAGGCACCUAUACACGUCGCUGGUACUCCCGCAGCUGGAAUUCUGUUCUGCUAUCUGGGACCCCCCCUCAACAACGCAUAAGAAAUCUCUCGAGUCCAUACAGCGGAGGGCAGCCCUUACGCUGUACCGACGAGAUUCCCCCUCGUCGCACCACACUGCCGCCAGAGAUAUUUCCACUACCAGACUCCUGCAGUACGCCCAGUGGCGGACUCUGCAACACCGCAGAGACGUAGCCUCGAUCAGGCUCUUCUGCCUAAUGAUGGGUGCUGGCCACCCUGACGUGCCUUCCCCACCUCGCCUCAACAAGCGAACUGGCCGACUACAACCUCCACUGUCGCGAACUUUGCGCCACAAGACAUCGUGCCUAAUGCGUGCUGCAGAAAUUUGGAGGUCACUCCCACACCACCUCACGGAGUCAAUCCCCUGCAACCGAGACGACAUCCGCGAGUUGUGUAGAACAGUUACUCGGACAAUAGCAUAA